AUGAGCGGCGACAAGAUGGAGGUCGAGCUGGCCGAGCAGAAGAUGAACUCGAUGGAGCACAGCGAGCAGCAUUACUUUAAGAGGUUGCUACGACCACCAUGGUACGGAUGCAUAAUCUUCUUUUCUGCUAUAGAAAAGACCCCCCGAACUUUAGGAGAGAACCUCUUUGCUGACGACGAUUCUUGCACCGCGAAAGGCAUCCAUGAGGAGAUGUUGAAAGACGAAGUGCGCACACGAUCGUACAUGAACGCCAUCCUCCAGAACAAGCACAUCUUUAAGGACAAGGUCGUUCUCGAUGUUGGCUGCGGUACCGCUAUUCUCUCCAUGUUCGCCGCUAAGGCCGGUGCCAAGCAUGUUAUCGGUGUUGACAUGUCCACCAUCAUCUUCAAGGCCCGCGAGAUCGUCAAGGCCAACGGUCUCUCCGAUAAGAUCACCCUCCUCCAGGGCAAGAUGGAGGAGGUUGAGCUGCCCUUCCCCAAGGUCGACAUCAUCAUCUCGGAGUGGAUGGGCUACUUCCUUCUCUACGAGUCCAUGCUCGACACUGUUCUCUACGCCCGAGACACCUACCUUGAGAAGGAUGGUCUCAUCUUCCCCGACAAGGCCACUAUCUUCUUUGCUGGCAUUGAGGAUGGCGACUACAAGGACGAGAAGAUUGAGUUCUGGAACGAUGUCUAUGGCUUCGACUACACCCCCCUGAAGGCCACUGCUCUGUCUGAGCCCCUUGUCGACACAGUGGAGGUCAAGGCCGUCGUGACUGACCCUGCCCCGGUGCUCACUCUGGACCUCUACACCUGCACCACUGCCGACCUGGCCUUCCAGAUCCCCUUCAAGCUCAAGGCUAACCGUGACGACUUCAUCCAUGCCCUCGUCUCAUGGUUUGAUAUCGACUUCACUGCUUGUCACAAGCCCAUCCGCUUCUCCACUGGCCCCCAUACCAAGUACACCCACUGGAAGCAGACCGUCUUCUACUUUGAGGACGUCCUCACCGUCCAGGAGGGCGAUGUGGUGACAUGCAACCUCGAUGUCAGGCCCAACGACAAGAACAGGCGUGACCUUGACAUCCAGAUCGCCUACGACUUUGUGCCCGAGGACGGCAACCGUUCUUCCAAGGGUCACAUGGUGUACCGCAUGUGCUAA